AUGGUUUGGUUAGAGGAGUUGUCGUUGACGUGCUCUCGGUUUUGGUGUCGUAGAGGAGUUGUCGUCGAAGUGCUCUCGGUUGUGGUCAGAGGAGUUGUCGUUGACGUGCUCUCGGUUGUGGUCAGAGGAGUUGUCGUUGACGUGCUCUCGGUUGUGGUUACAGGAGUUGUCGUUGACGAGCUCGCGGUUGUGGUCGUUGGUGCCGUCGUUGACGUGCUUCCUGUCGUGGUUGAUGAAGUUGACGUGCUCUCGGUUGUGGUCAGAGGAGUUGUCGUUGACGUGCUCUCGGUUGUGGUCAGAGGAGUUGUCGUUGACGUGCUUCCUGUCGUGGUUGAUGAAGUUGACGAGCUCGCGGUUGUGGUCGUUGGUGCCGUCGUUGACGUGCUUCCUGUCGUGGUUGAUGAAGUUGACGUGCUCUCGGUUGUGGUUAGAGGAGUUGUCGUUGACGUGCUCUCGGUUGUGGUCAGAGGAGUUGUCGUUGACGUGCUCGCUUGUGGUUUGAGAGUUGUCGUUGAGGCUCCGGUUGUGGCUGUUGGUGCCGUCGUUGACGUGCUUCCUGUCGUGGUUGAUGAAGUUGACGUGCUCUCGGUUGUGGUCAGAGGAGUUGUCGUUGACGAGCUCGCGGUUGUGGUCGUUGGGUCGUUGACGUGCUUCCUGUCGUGGUUGAUGAAGUUGACGUGCUCUCGGUUGUGGUCAGAGGAGUUGUCGUUGACGUGCUCUCGGUUGUGGUUAGGAGUUGUCGUUGACGUGCUCUCGGUUGUGGUUAGAGGAGUUGUCGUUGACGUGCUCUCGGUUGUGGUCAGAGGAGUUGUCGUUGACGAGCUCGCGGUUGUGGUCGUUGGUGCCGUCGUUGAGUGUUUCUGUCGUGAGGAGUUGUCGUUGACGAGCUCGCGGUUGUGGUCGUUGGUGCCGUCGUGUGACGUUGACGUGCUCUCUGUCGUGGUUAGAGGAGUUGUCGUUGACGUGCUCUCGGUUGUGGUCAGAGUUGUUGUCGUUGACGUGCUCUCGGUUGUGGUCAGAGGAGUUGUCGUUGACGAGCUCGCGGUUGUGGUCGUUGGUGCCGUCGUUGACGUGCUUCCUUCUGUUGAUAAGUUCUCGGUUGUGGUCAGAGGAGUUGUCGUUGACGUGCUCUCGGUUGUGGUUAGAGGAGUUGUCGUUGACGUGCUCUCGGUUGUGGUCAGAGGAGUUGUCGUUGACGUGCUCUCGGUUGUGGUCAGAGGAGUUGUCGUUGACGUGCUCUCGGUUGUGGUCAGAGGAGUUGUCGUUGACGAGCUCGCGGGAGUUGUCGUUGACGUGCUUCCUGUCGUGGUUGAUGAAGUUGACGUGCUCUCGGUUGUGGUCAAGGGAGUUGUCGUUGACGAACUCGCGGUUGUGGUCGUUGGUUCGUCGUUGAUGAAGUUGACGUGCUCCUGUCGUGUUGUGGUUGACGAGCGUUUUGUGACGUUGACGUGCUCUCGGUUGUGGUUAGAGGAGUUGUCGUUGACGUGCUCUCGGUUGUGGUCAGAGGAGUUGUCGUUGACGUGCUCUCGAGGAGUUGUCGUUGAAGUGCUUUCGGUUGUGGUCAGAGGAGUUGUCGUUGACGAGCUCGCGGUUGUGGUCGUUGGUGCCGUCGUUGACGUGCUUCCUGUCGUGGUUGAUGAAGUUGACGUGCUCUCGGUUGUGGUUAGAGGAGUUGUCGUUGACGUGCUCUCGGUUGUGGUUGUUGUCAGAGGAGUUGUCGUUGACGUGCUCUCGGUUGUGGUCAGAGGAGUUGUCGUUGACGAGCUCGCGGUUGUGGUUUCGUUGGUGCUUCGUCGUUGA